AUGGCAGCGGUUCUAGAUCCGGUCGUGGACGUUCUGGAGGAGGGCAGCCAUCCUUUGGACUCCUUGUUCAAGCCUAAGCGCGUGGCUGUCAUUGGGGCAACUGAUCGCGAGGGUAGUGUGGGCCGCACGCUUCUCCGAAACCUUAUCAGCAACCCCUUCGGAGGAGUCGUUUACCCAGUGAAUCCAAAGCGAGAUCACGUGCUGGGCAUCUCCUCAUUCAAAUCUAUUGCAGCCUGCCCCGGUCAAAUCGAUUUGGCAGUCGUAAUCACGCCAGCUUCUACUGUUCCUGCAGUUAUCCAGGAGUGCGUUGACAACAAGGUCCGAAACGUCAUCAUCAUCUCCGCAGGCUUUAAGGAGGUGGGCCCAGAAGGAGAGCGGUUAGAGAACGAGGUGAAAGCCAUUGCCAAGACUGGCAACCUUCGCAUCGUCGGGCCAAAUUGUUUGGGCAUCAUUUGCCCGACGUCAGGGCUAAACGCAUCCUUUGCCAACCUGAUGCCGCAGAAGGGAAGCGUAGCUUUCAUUAGCCAGAGUGGUGCCAUGAUUACCUCUGUGCUGGAUUGGAGCGUCUCCCAGAAGGUUGGCUUCAGCGCAGUCAUUAGCAUCGGCUCCAUGCUAGACAUGGACUUCAGCAGCAUGAUUUUUUACCUUGCGAAAGAUCCAGCUACGAAGAGCAUAGUUCUCUACAUGGAGUCGAUCGGUAACGCCCGGAGCUUCCUGUCCGCUGCACGAGAGGCGGCUCUAACCAAGCCCAUCAUUGUCAUCAAGGGUGGCCGCACUGAUGCUGCAGCCAAAGCCGCAGCCUCCCACACGGGAAGCUUGACCGGAAGCGACGCUGUGUUGGAUGCCGCGUUCAAGCGAGCUGGUGUGCUGCGUGUCGAAAACAUGUCUGACCUGUUCGAGAUGGCCGACGUCCUCUCCAAGCAGCCCCUUCCAAAUGGCAAUCGAUUGGCCAUUCUCACGAACGCUGGUGGUCCAGGCGUCUUGGCCUGCGAUGCCCUUGCGCAGCAUGGAGGUAGCCUUGCAGAACUCACCCCGAAGACGAUCCAAGCCCUGAACACAGUCCUGCCACCGGCCUGGAGCCAUGGCAACCCAAUCGAUGUCUUGGGAGAUGCAUCUGCGAAGCAUUAUGCCGACAGCCUGGAGAUUGUUGCUCAGGACCCCAACUGCGAUGGAUUUCUUGUGAUCCUCACGCCGCAGGCUAUGACAGCUCCGACGGAGUGUGCGGAAGCUUUGUCGCGCUACGCCAAGAUCCAAGGCAAACCUGUACUUGCAAGCUGGAUGGGUGGACCUGACGUCGCCCCUGGAGCAAAGGUCCUGAACGACGCAGGCGUUCCAACCUACUCCUACCCUGACAUGGCCUGCAAGACAUUCAACUACAUGCAUCAGUAUCAGAGCAACCAGGGAAGUAACUACGAGCGCAUUGACCUACAAAUGGAUUUGGAGAGGGUGCAGGACGGCAAGGCGGAGGCUCGGAAGCUGCUUUCCAAGGUCCGGGCCUCCGGCAGGUCUCUGCUGACAGAAGCCGAAAGCAAGUUGCUCCUCAAAGCCUAUGACAUCCCAGUCACGGCCUGUGAGCUAGCCUCAAGCCCUGCUGAAGCCAUGGCCGCAGCAGAGAAGAUUGGGUUUCCAGUGGUGAUGAAACUCAACUCCACCACCGUCACCCACAAGACGGACGUUGGAGGAGUUGUUCUUAAUCUACACAGCAAAGUGGCCGUAGAGAAAUCCUUCAUUGAGAUGAAGGAGAGUGUGUCCAGACUCGCCUCUCCAGAAGGAUUCGAGGGUGUCACGAUCCAGCCAAUGAUUUCUUUGAAAGGCUAUGAGAUCAUUCUCGGUUCGUCCAUAGACCCGCAACUGGGACCCGUGCUUUUGUUCGGCAUGGGUGGCUGUUUGGUGGAAGUUUUCAAGGACUCAGCCGUGGGCCUCCCGCCACUCAACGCUAACUUGGCUCGGAAAAUGCUGGAGGAGACAAAGCUCUACAAAGCACUCCUAGGAGUCCGGGGGAUGAAGAGCGUGAAUAUUGAUGCCCUCAUCCAGAUCAUGGUCCGCUUCUCCGUCCUGAUUGUAGACCUUCCGGAGAUCUUGGAGUGCGACAUCAACCCUCUUAUUGCAUCAGAGGAUUCCAUCCUCUCGCUCGACGCCAGGGUGGUGCUGCAUGACCCCAAGAUAGAGCCAGAGGACUGGCCACAACCAGCCAUCCGACCCUAUCCGCACCAGUAUGUCAAGACGGUCGACUUGACAGAUAAGAUGCCUGCCAAGAUUCGACCUAUCCUGCCAGAGGACGAGGGCAUGAUGCGCAGUUUCUAUGGUGAAGCAUCGUGGCCCAGCGGAUGUGAUCCAACUGCGAUGCCAAAGGAGGAGGCGCAGCUGACAUGCAGCCUGAGCCGCACGCACCUGAUCCGCACGUGCUUUGUGGACUUCGACCGGUCGAUUGUCCUAGUUGCGGAGGUGACCCAGGAUGGGGAGAAGAUGAUUGUCGGAGCUGGGCGUGUCAGUAGGGAGCAGAUGAGCAAUGACGUGACUUUCGCGCUUCAAGUACUGCCGAGCUUCAGACGAAAGAGCUUGGGUUCUGUCAUGUUGAAGGCGCUCAUAGACGUGGCGAAGGAGGAAGGCGCAGCUUGCAUCAAGGCCGACGUCCUGUGCGAGAACACGCGUGCUCUGCGGUUCCUGGAGGGGCAUGGCUUCCACCUCGGGGAAGAGAAGAGAGCACUCAUUCCCGUGAAGCUGCAAUUUGAAGAAGUGGCAGGGCGACGUCCACUCAGUCAGGUGCCCUCUUUGGCUAACAUGCGGAAGCCCACCGUCAUGAUGCAUUCAGAAGGCCCGUCAGCUAGUCCUACCUUUGCAGCCUCCUGA